CCGAAACCCAGAUCCCAGUUCGCGACAGCAAUGAUCAGCAGUGUGGCACUUGUGGUCAGCAGCGUUAUCUGCGCUGCUAACGCACUGAAGGAGGUGAGCCCAGACUCCUCAUCAUGGAAGAUAAGAUCAUGCAUUCAGAUCAGUCAUGUGUGUGUGUCUUGCAGACCGCCUCCUUCGUUCCCUCCCCACAGGCCCUCCCCAUUCGCUUUCGGCGGCCGUCGCUGAGCCACCGAUAUGCGCCUCUGUCUAUGGUCAAGGUCGGCGAGAUGGCGCCUGAUUUCUCCCUCAAGGUGGGCUGCGUGGCUGCUGUUGGCUGUGGAUGCCCUGUCUGUGCAUUCUGAAGAUGAUGAUGUGUUGUGAUUGUCUCAUGUGACCAGGACCAGAGUGGGAAGGUGGUGAAGCUGUCGUCCUUCAAGAACAAGAAGUCGGUGGUCGUCUUCUUCUACCCUGCGGUAGGGGGAUAAUGUGCGUGGCGUGCUUGUCACUAGUGACGGGCGCACACACAAUUGGUCCCUUAUGUCUGUGUCGUUGUCUGAUCGAUAUGGGCUCUUGUGUUGUGCAGGACAUGACCCCGGGGUGCACCAAGCAGGCCCAGGCCUUCAAUACAGCACUCGAUGACUUCAAGAAGCUGGGCGCAGAGGUCAGUCGGCAGACAGUCAGUUCAUCUGUCGCUUCUGAUGCCUGUCCAUCCAUCUGUUCAUCUACCUGAAGUACAGGUGAUCGGGGUGUCUAGUGAUGCAGACCAUUCCGAAUUCAUCAGUGCCUAUGGUCUCAAGAUGACGCUGCUGAGCGACAUUGGGGGCGAGGUCAGAAAACAGUGGCAGGUCCCAGGCGCCAUGUUCGGUGCUCUGCCUGGGAGGGUCACCUACGUCAUCGGCAAGGACGGCAUCGUCAAGAAGGUCAGCCACUCGAUCACCAAGUCGCCCGGCGAUAGAUAGCUGUGCUCUGUCCACCACUGUGUGUUUGUUCUGUCUGCGCAGGUAUACGACAACCUGCUGGACAGUGAGAGCCACAUUCCACAGGCCAGGGCGGCUUUGGCCUAGACGAUCUUCGGUGGCUGAGAUGGAUGGCGCGACGGCGUUUUGAUGGAUCAACGAUUCGAGCCGACGACCGCAUGGUUUUCUUGUCGUGUGUCCGUUCCUUCGUGUGUGAGUGAGUGGUGGUGAUGAUAGGGUGUGUCCGUUCCUUCGUGUGUGAGUGAGUGGUGGUGAUGAUAGGGCGUAUUGUGGCCCUAUGAGUGAGAUCCGAUGCGUUAGUGUUGUUGCCAGUUUUCCUUGUGUGUUGUGGUCGCGUGCGGCGCGAGGGAGUAAGGGAGGUGUCUUGCGACGCGAGACCCAAUG